UGCGGCGGCCCUGGAACCUGGAUAUCGCGCGAGGCAAGCCGCGCGCGGGCGGGCGGGCGCGCUAUGGCGCAGGCGGGUUGCGGGGCUGGCGCUGGUGGCGGCGCCCGGUGCAUGGCGGUCUGUCGGCGGAGUCGCCCUCAGGGGCUGUCAGUCUCACUAAGUUUGCCCAGUCUGACCUUGAACUUAUAACUCUGCCUCAGCCUCCUGAGUACCUGGGAUUCUAGUAUCGAACAGAAGAGUUGUGCUGCUCUAGAAGUCCCCUGCGCUCUUCUUGUUCUUCCUUCCCUCGUUGACCCAGGAUUGCUGACAGCUGUCCACAAGCCUGUGGUGACCCCAGGCUGAACUGCAGAAACAAUUCAGACUGACCUUCAUCCUGUCUGUGCUGCUCCACUUCUUGUGCAAAGCUUACCCUUAGGACAGCCCUUCCAAAAUGCCUCAUUCUGGACUUUGCAUUAACUAAAGAUUUGUGACCCACAAGGAACUCUCUGACCUCAGCUGUGGCUCUCGGUGCUGGCCAGAAGCCAACUUCAUGUCUGAACACACGAGCAGCCGUUUGCCAUGGAGAGCUUGGGGCUGCAGACGGUGACCCUUAGCGACGGGACGACAGCCUACAUCCAGCAAGCUGUUAAAGGAGAGAAGCUGCUCGAAGGGCAAGUGAUCCAGCUCGAGGACGGGACCACUGCAUACAUUCACCAAGUGACAGUACAGAAAGAAGCUCUCUCCUUUGAGGAUGGGCAGCCAGUGCAGCUGGAAGACGGCAGUGUGGCCUACAUACACCGCACACCCAAAGAGGGCCACGACCCCAGCACACUGGAGGCCAUCCAGCUGGAGGACGGCUCCACCGCCUACAUCCACCAUGCUGGGGCUGUACCACCGGACGGCACCAUCCUGGCCGUGCAGACAGAGGUGGGCUUGGAGGACCUGGCCGUGGAGGACGAGGAGGGUUUCGGUACAGACACAGUGGUAGCCUUGGAGCAGUGUGCCAGCAAGGUUCUGCACAACAGCCAGGCUUCCCAUAAUGGCAAAGGGCAGCAGGUUGGAGAUAGAGCUUUUCGCUGUGGCUACAAGGGCUGUGGGCGCCUCUAUACCACUGCGCAUCACUUAAAGGUGCAUGAGCGAGCUCACACAGGUGACCGCCCAUACCAGUGUGACUUCCCCAGCUGCGGAAAGGCCUUUGCCACAGGCUACGGGCUGAAGAGCCACGUUCGCACACAUACGGGUGAAAAGCCAUACAAGUGCCCGGAGGAGCUGUGCAGCAAGGCCUUCAAGACCUCAGGAGACCUGCAGAAGCACGUGCGGACCCACACUGGUGAACGCCCGUUCCGGUGCCCUUUCGAGGGCUGUGGCCGCUCCUUCACCACGUCUAACAUCCGCAAGCCUUCCGUGUCUUCUCUUAGCCCUGCGCCCCCUGCCCCAUCCCACUGCACUUCACACUUCAGUCUCUGUCCCGGUCUCCUCGCUCUUCCGCCUGCCGCUCUGGCCUUCCCCCUCCAGCCUUACAAGCCCCUCACGCACUCACAGCCCUCCUCUCGCCCCAGCCUUGGUCACCCCUAUUCUCUCUCCAACCUCAUCUGCGGGUUCGGACCCCAUGCCCAUGUCCUCCCUCUCCCCCAGUGCACAUCUCCCAGUUCUGUCCAUGCGGAGCCUCGAGUCUCAGCUCUUCUCCUCCCUCUGACUUGCCCUUCACCAACCCUGCCCCUCACCACUGUCCCCUUAGUUUCCCCCUUGCCAGCCCCAGUCCUGCCCCCUCACAGCCCAGUGUCCCCAGGGGAGAAGCCAUACGUUUGCACGGUGCCAGGCUGCGGGAAGCGCUUCACUGAGUACUCAAGCCUGUACAAGCACCACGUGGUGCACACGCACUGCAAGCCCUACACCUGCAGCAGCUGCGGCAAGACCUACCGGCAGACCUCCACCCUGGCCAUGCACAAGCGCAGUGCCCACGGCGAGCUGGAGGCCACUGAGGAGAGUGAGCAGGCCCUCUACGAACAGCAGCAGCUGGAGGCCACCUCUGCAGCUGAGGAGAGCCCAUCCCCCAAGGGAGCCCACAUCACUUACCUUUCCAAGGUGAAGGAAGAAGGUGAUGACGUCUCGGCCCAAGUGGCCAUGGUGACCGAGGAGGAUGGAGCCCCCCAGGUGGCUCUGAUCACUCAGGAUGGUGCCCAACAGGUCAGCCUGUCCCCAGAAGACCUGCAGGCCCUGGGGAGUGCCAUCAGCGUGGUGACCCAGCAUGGCAGCAGCACCCUCACCAUCCCCAGUCAUGACGACGACCUGGCCACGUCCAGCACACAUACUGUCGCCAUGGUCAGCGCUGAUGGCACACAGACGCAGCCCGUCGCAAUCAUUACCUCUGGGGCUGUGGUGGCUGAAGACGCGAGUGUAGCAUCCCUGCACCAUCAACAGGUGGCGCUGUUGGCCACAGCCAAUGGAACGCAUAUUGCGGUACAGCUGGAGGAGCAGCAGACCUUGGAGGAGGCCAUCAGUGUGGCCACCGCUGCCAUGCAGCAAGGGACUGUGACCCUGGAGACGUCAGUGACAGAGAGUGGCUGCUGAGCCAAGAGGGGCAGGCGCACGCACACACCGUGCUGGAGAGUGUGCCACCCUGUGCAGGCAGCCCUGCGGAUGACACACGGAAGGUGGUCGCACCGGUCUCUGGGAGAAAAGGGCCUAACUGAGCAGCACAGAGGCCCCGCCAGAGAAGGCCCCCCGAGCAGCAGGCAGCCGGAGCUGGGGAGCAAGCAAGCCCGGUACCAGGCUGCUCUGGGAGGACACACCCUUGCCGUCUUCAGUCCACUCCUCAGGUGGAAAGUGGGCUGUGGUGGGGACCCGCCUUUGCCCAAACUGAUCUCAGCCCAUGGAGGCGCAGGCAGGCAACUCUGCAGCCCCUCGGGGCAGAGCGGCCCAGCCCUGCCCCUCCCAGCAAUAAACCACCUCCCCGGAGGCCAGCCGAGGUGCUUGGUCCCUUGGUACUGGGAUUCCUGCCACCACAGUCAGAAUUAAUUGCUCAGGGGCCUGUGGCUGGAGUACAGGUGCCCAGCUCCCACCCCACCCUCCAGUGGUCCCCCAAUCUUUAUGGAAGAGAGGCAGGGAAUAGCCCUGUACAUAGACUGCUGGGAUUGGGUUUCAUUUAUUUUGUGGGGUUUUUUAAAAUUCCACUUUGACAAUUAUUUUUCUGUCCUGCUCUGGGUGGUGGUGGCAAAUGGAUGAAUGAGUAUUUAAUAAAAGUUCCAAGUUUCCA